AUGUGUCUCUCAACUUUGCGGAUUACUGACCCAAUGAAUAUCUCCAAGCCAGAUUCCAGUUCUGCUUUUGUGAGUGAAUUUAUACUCGUAGGUUUCUCUUUUGAGUGGGAGGUUCAGAUCUUCCUCUUCUCACUCUUCACUACAACACAUGUUCUGACUAUAACAGGAAAUGGGGCCAUCAUUUGUGUGUUGUGGUGUGACCAGAGACUUCGCACCCCUAUGUACAUGUUCCUGGGGAAUUUCUCCUUUCUAGAGAUCUGGUACGUCUCCUCUACAGUGCCCAAGAUGUUGGCCAACUUUCUCUCAGAGACGAAGACCAUCACCUUUGCUGGAUAUUUCCUCCAAUUCUAUUUCUUUUUCUCUUUGGGCACAUAUGAAUGCUUCGUUUUGGCUGUCAUGGCCUUUGAUCGGUACCUUGCUAUCUGUCGUCCCUUGUACUACCCUAAUAUCAUGAUGGGGCAUCUCUGUGCCAAACUAGUCAUUGUCUGCUGGGUUUGUGGAUUUCUGUGGUUCCUGGUCCCCAUUGUUCUCAUUGCUCAGAUGCCCUUCUGUGGUCCAAACAUUAUUGACCAUGUUGUAUGUGAUCCAGGGCCACUAUUUGCAUUGGCAUGUGCCUCUGCCCCAACAACCCAACUGGAUUGCUACACUCUAAGCUUAUUAGUUAUCUUUGGUAACUUCCUCUUCAUCCUUGGGUCCUAUAUUCUUGCCCUAUUAGCUGUGUUAUGUGUGCCUUCAGCUACCGGGAGGCGUAAAGCCUUCUCAACCCGUGGGUCCCAUUUGGCUGUGGUAUCACUGUUCUAUGGCUCCCUGAUGGUAAUGUAUGUGAGCCCAGGACUUGGACAUUCUGCUGGGAUGCAGAAAGUCGCAACCUUGUUCUAUGCUAUGGUGACCCCACUCUUCAACCCUCUCAUCUACAGCCUCCGGAAUAAGGAAAUGAAGGCAGCCCUGAGGAAAUUACUGAAUAAGCCCAAACUCUCCCAGAAGAGCAAUGCCUGUCACUUAUAGUAUAGCUGACACCUAUCUCUCUGCACCCAUUAUGGGGAUGGCGCAGGACUGGGAAGCAUUUUGUUCUGUUGUGCAUGGGGUGGCCAUGAAUCAGGAGCUGACUCCAUGGCACCUGACAACAUGCCCAAGAGUACCAGUCUAGUCUCCUGCCUCUUUCCAUCUUUUUAGGAAUAUAGAUGGGGGAUGUAUGAUUACUGCCCAUCUCAUAAUGGAGAAUUGGAGGCCUUAUAAAGGAGAGGAACAAAUAAGCAGUGAGAAAAUGCUCAAUGCUACCUCCAGCCCAGUGUUCUGAUCACAAAAAUAGCAAGACUUCAUGUUUCCAUUGUUUUUCAACUUCUUCAUUUCCCUCCUUUCUUUCUCUACUGUACACUUACUUUGUUUCCCUGAACUAACUUUCGAGGCUUUCUUUAUUUUCCCUAACCUCAACAGUAGAAUUGACUUGAAAUGUUUCCCUAGUCCUGCCUGAA